CUAAUAACAAUUUAAACAUUUAUAAAUGUCGCAUUAUAUUUAAUGUGUUUGUUUUACAUUAAUUAAAUAAAAUACAAUAAGAGGUGGAACUGUAGGUUUUUCUACUGAAUAGUAUCAUGUGUCAAAAUAUGGCAUACAAGGCAAGAUUAAGAGAGUUCGAUGAUAUUUUAGAUGAAGAUAUUAUCGAUUUAAAUGCUCUGAAAAAAAUAUCAUUCCAUGGAAUUCCAGACGACCAAGGUAAACGAGCCAAAUGUUGGAGGUUGUUGUUAAAUUAUUUACCGGUUGAAAAAGCACAAUGGGAUUCAUUCUUGGAGGAAAAACGUACAUUAUACAAACAAUUUAUAGAAGAAAUGAUUGUCAUGCCAGGAGAAAAAGAAUCAAAUGGAGAUGUAACAAUGGGCGACCACCCACUUAGUAUCAAUCCUGACAGUCAGUGGUCUACAUUUUUUAAAGACAAUGAAGUAUUACUGCAAAUUGAUAAAGAUGUAAGAAGGCUUUGUCCUGACAUAUCAUUCUUCCAACAACCUACAGAAUUUCCUUGUAUUGAAGUAGUGAGCAGCAAUGAUGUGAAAAGAUUGCACACCAGAGUUCAGAGGAGAGUGUUGAAAUGUGCCAAUGUUGAACGAAAAGGUUUAGGAAUUACAAAGAUAGCAUUAUCAGUUAAAAAAGCAACUGAAGAUUAUGCACCCAUGGCUGAAGGAAAGGAGGCACACUGGGAAGUAGUUGAACGCAUAUUAUUUCUUUAUGCAAAGUUGAAUCCAGGUCAAGGGUAUGUACAGGGUAUGAAUGAAAUUAUUGGUCCAAUUUACCAUGCCUUUGCUUCAGAUCCUGAUAUAUUGUUUAGAGAACAUGCUGAAAGUGACAGCUUUUUCUGUUUCACAAAUUUAAUGUCUGAAAUACGGGACUUUUUCAUUAAAAGUUUGGAUGAAACUGAUCAUGGCAUAAAUAAGAUGAUGAAUAGAAUGUUGCUGCAGUUGAAAAACAGUGAUUUAGAUAUAUGGCUAAAAUUUCAACAAUUAGAAUUAAAGCCACAAUAUUAUAGUUUUAGAUGGAUAACACUUCUAUUGUCUCAAGAAUUUCCAUUACCUGACGUCUUAAGAAUAUGGGACACUUUAUUUUCUGAUGAAAAUCGAUUUGAUUUUCUAAUUUACGUAUGUUGCGCCAUGAUUGUUAUUUUAAGGAAUCAAUUACUAUCUGGUGAUUUCCCGUCCAAUUUGAAAUUACUCCAAAACUUUCCUCCUAUGGAUGUUCAAAUUAUAUUAUCUAAGGCUGUUGAAUUAUCAAAAAAAGUUUUUUAAAAUAUUAUCUUUAAGAAAUUUUCAUUUUCAGUAAUUAUGAACAAAAUUAUGAUAAUUUGAUAUACUCCCUUUAUAGUUCGUAUUUGCUUUUGAUAUAUAAUUUGAUAAGCUCAAAUAUAAUAAUAUAGCAUCAAUAUUACUUUUUUUAAACAUUAAAUUUGUAUUUCAGCAUCAAGUUUCCAAUUUCAUGUUCAAUGAUGCUAACUCUAAUGAAUUAUGAGACUGAAGAUCAUUUCAUAGUGUCUUGUCAAUUAAAACACUACUUUUAAUUAUUUUUAAACUAUGUAUAUAAUUAUUCUGUAUAUUUAGUUAUCUGUUAUGUAUUUUAAAAUUCAAUUUUUGAACAAGUGGAUCAGUAGCUGAUCUUAUAUUAUUAAAAAUUGCACAAGUAGUUUUAUGUACAUAUGAAUUUGUUUAAUAUAUUCUUGUAUUUUUUCAUAUACCUAUAAUAAAAUUUAUAUUUUUAA